UGAAAUCCGAGAAAAAAAAGUCCAACUUCAAAACCCCAACCCAAGCAACCCCUGAACCCCCCCCUCCCCCUUAAUCCUAAAACCUCAACCCAAGCAAAACCCCAAAAACAGCCUGCAAUCUCGUCCCUGCUAGAAAACUGUUGCCGCUUUCUUUCACAAGCUUCAUACCAACACAACCCUCCUCUCUCUCUCUCUCUCGAUCUUUAUAUUGCAUGUUUUCUACAAAUUAUAAAAUCUGAUAUGAAAGCUUUGAGAACUUUAAGAGCCCUGACAGUCCUGUCAACAACAUCCCGCAAAGCCCGUCUAAACCCAACUCUUUUCCAUCGAUUCUACUCCGCCCAACCCCAGGAAGAUGAUCCUACCACUGCCCAUGAUUUUGGUACCAAUAACUCUGUCUUCGACAGCUCCCAGUACUCAGUUCCUGACAUUGAUUUACAUGACUCUGAUAAAAACUCUCAGCAACCCACUUGGGAUGAGAAAUACAGAGCAAGAGCUGAUAGAAUGAUCUUUGGGGAGGAGACCCAGAAACGGAAAUUGAGAGUUGCGGAGAAUGAGGACGAGGAGAGAAGAAGAGCUCUUGCUAAGGCCUUGCUCCAGGCGGCGCUGGAGAAAGCAGAUGAUGAAGUGGGGGAAGGCGAGGUGAAGGAAGAAUACCAGAAGUCGCUUAAUGUAGGGAUUAUUGGGGCGCCAAAUGCCGGGAAGUCGUCUCUGACUAAUUUCCUGGUUGAGACAAAGGUUGCUGCUGUUUCACGGAAGACCAAUACAACCACUCACGAAGUAUUAGGAGUAAUGACAAAAGGCGACACUCAAAUCGUAUUGGAGCAAAGGAAGCAGCCUGAGUUAAGGGGCUUACCUACCGCUGUAGUACAAUAUAAUGAGUGGAAAGGUGGGGCUUUGAUUGCAGUUAGCUAUGAGGCACGUAAAUAUGGUGUAAAACGUUCAAUGAGAGGUGAUGAGGCGAAGGAAGUUUGUCCUCAAGUUAAUUUAGUCCAAGUCCCUGUAGCCCGUGGUAAAGCUGACUUGAACAUAUAUCGUAAUGCAGGUUCAGAGGUGGUUUCCAUUCUCGCCAGGAAAGGUCGAUGUGAGAGAGCUUCAAUUGAUGAGGUGUAUCUUGAUCUUACUGAUGCAUCUGAAACAAUGCUUGCAGAAGCUCCUCCUGAGAGCUUGAAGUGGCAAAGCACUAAGAAUCUUGAGUUUGAAGAUUAA